AUGGCUGCCAUGUUCAGCAACGCCCGUUCCACGACGUCCUCAUCAGGACACAUCGUCGAAUUCAAGGCAGGUCGUUCUCGUCUCGAUGCCGGAUCCGCUGACACCAUGCGCAAGGUUGUUGCCGAGCCAACCAAAGGACUGGUCUACAUAAAGCAGAGCAACGAUAUGCUCAUUCAUUUCUGCUGGAAGAAUCGCGAGACUGGCGCUCUUGUCGAUGAUCUCAUCAUCUUCCCAGAUGAUGCCGAGUUCAAGGCUGUGACCGGAUGCCCAGAUGGCAAGGUCUAUAUGCUCAAGUUUAGGUCGUCGGGAGAGAUGAAGCUCUUCUGGCUGCAGGAUUCGACUCCAGAUGUUGAUAAGGAUCUUGUGAGGAAGGUCAAUGACGCUUUGAAUAAGCCACCAACUUCCCGUCCUUCGGCUUCCCGCUCCAGCGGAUCUACCACCAACGCUGAUCGUCCAUCUGCUGGAGGAUCAUCUAUCAUGUCUGGAAACGACUUCAAUGCUCCAUUGGGAGGACUUGAUCAAGGACAACUGAUGUCGCUUAUACAAUCUCUUCAAGGCAAUUCCUCGGACUCUUUGCCACUCACUGCUGGCUCUGGAGCAGCUCCGUCUUCUGAAGCGGAUUGUGAGCCAACUGCUGGCGAGGGAUCGUCGAAUCCUCUCUCGUUGGACAACCCAGCGAUUCAGAACAUUUUCAAAAAUUUGGGACAACAACAGAAGCGACAAGGAGGAGUUUCCGCGUCGUUGGGAGAGGCUCUCGCCAACUCCACUGUUGCUGAUGUGGCCAAGAAUCAUGCUGAUGAGCUUGCUCAGCACCUUCCAGCGUCUGAUGAUCCAGCUAAAGAGCUUGCCGAUACCGUGAGAACGCCACAAUUCAGACAAGCUGCUGACACUCUUGGACAUGCUCUUCAAACUGGUCAAUUGGGACCAGUUCUCUCUCAGUUUGGUAUGAACGAUGAGACCAUCGCAGCUGCCACCCAAGGAGACCUUCGCAAGUUUGCCACCAAUCUGACUAAGGCUGAAGGAGGAGAGCAGGAUAAGUCAGCUGAAGAGAAUCCAGAAGACGACGUUGCUCGCGAGCCAGAAGCCAAGCGCAACCGUCCAGACAACGAGGACAUGGACGUCGAUUAA